AUGACGUCAUCUGUUGCAACAUAUGUCCCACCUAUUGCAACAUAUGACUUAGAUGUUGCAACAACUUUUGGUAGUUGUGAGGUGAAGGAGAGAAUGAAAAAGGUGGCAACAGUUGAUGGUGGAGGUGGUGACGACAACGAAGGUGAAGAUGGUGAUUGUUGUGAUGGCGACAGUGGAAGAGAAGGAGGUGGCAAGGUGGUGGGGGAGGAGAAAUUGGUGGUGAUAGAAGAUGAGGAGGUGGUGGUGAUGGAGGAAGAAGAGACGGACAAGAUGGAAGGUGAAAUUCAAAGACUUCGGAAUGAAAAUCGAAGAUUAGUUGACGAAGGAAUUAUUUCACAAUAUGAAUUAGAUGUUGCUAGAGAAGAACUUCAUCGCAAGAAUGUUAUAAUAGAUGAUAUUCGAACUGAGCAUGAAGUCCAUUGCAGGCAACUUAUGAAAAGGGGUUUGCAGCUGAUAGACCAAAUUCCAAAUAUUGAACCUUUGAAAAAUGAGGUCAAACGCCUCCGUUCCGAAGUUUCAAGACUUUUGCCUCUUAGGUAUAGGUUUGAUGUUGAAUCUGAAAUUCAAUCAGUUGUGAAGAAGAUAAGAGCAUUUUGUUCACAAAUUUUACAACAGGUAGAUAAGAAUUUAGUUCAUUGCCAAGUCUUGUUUUUGUCAUCUACGGCUGAACGUGCACGUCAAAUUGAGAAACUCAUGCAAGCACUUUGUGACCACCUUGAAGUAAAGAUACACAAUUGCCUAGGCGAUAAUAGCAUUGAGGUGGAUGAACGUAUUGUAUCAAUAGGUGUUCAUCUCAUUGUUGGUACACCUUGGAGUGUGUCGGACCUGUUAGGUACAAAAAAACAAUCUGUUCAUUUUGAUCAUAUUAGAAUGGUCGUGUUAGAUGAGGCUGAUGAAAUACUUUCAAAGGGAUUUGAUGUCCAGAUACAUAACAUUUUAUCGCUUUUGUCUGACAAUGUUGAAGUAGUGGCGCUUUAUCCAACCAUGCCGACAGAUGCACUUGAAAUCACGAGGAAGCUCAUGAAUAAGCCAACGUCAACAAUGAAUUUGUGGCAAUCCAUAGUCUUUUUGUGA